GUAAAGCCACUGACGAGGCCCCGGCGGGGGCCGAAACGCGUCUGGCACGCGUUCAAUCCAAGUCAUUCACAUCUACUCGAUUCUACAUUUCCUACAGGUUAUGAGCCCAAACGGCUUGGUAUGGACACUGCGGUGUACGCGGAAUACGCGCUGGGGGAGUUCACGCUCAAGUCGUCGCGGAAGCAACGGGCUCCGACGACAGGGGGAGCGGAACAUACAAGUGCGCGGUGGACACGCAGUCGCUCUUUGCGUUCGGGAAAAGGACGGCCGAGUUCUGCACAAGGAGGUGGUUUCGAGUGGUGUGAGUGGUGGAUCGAAAGAGGUCGAUCGAGAAGGGGAACAACAACAAGCUCAAGCAAGGCUCAAGGACGGCUACAAGGUGUCAAGGGACGACGUGGUGGUGAGCAUGAGGGAGCCGGGAAACCUAGCGAACGCGGCAGCAACGGAUACGCUGGCCAGCGCGCAGGUGGUAAACUCUACAAGAAUGUAUGCAGUGAAGAGGCUGCAGAUGACAAGCAUCAUGCGGAGAGCAGCAGAAUGGCUGUACGCUCGUGACCAAGACGGCUACGACUCAUGUCGUCGAGGGGGAGUGUUGGAAGUGCAAGAUGUGCACGUACAUCGACUCCAGAGUAGUAUCCUAUGUUACGGCACAUGGAAGGUUCUAGAAGGAUCUAGGCAUAGUGAUAGGUCUUAGCUAGCGGAUGGUUGGUUAGUUUCUCUCUAGCUUCUCUGCCUGCUUCAAAGAAUAACUUGUACAUGGAAAACAUACAUUUCCGCCUU